GAUGCACUCUGGGUCAUUAUCAAUAUGGCAGCAUGCAGGUUGCCUGUGGAUUAUGGCAGAGCUUAAAGACUAGCCUUUAUCUAAUGAGUUUGUUAUCGUUAAAAUAAGCAUCAAACAUGUUUCAGUUACUCUGUUGUAGAGCAAGGAUAUCUGCACCAGGGCGAUCAUUGUACCCUCGGUUAAAUAACACAGCCGACACAUGGAAACUUUCACGUGGGUAUAAAUCUCCAGGAUUUAAAGCAAACAACUCCUCACCGCAGCCUGGAAAUGCAGGCAGUCGUAUUUGGCACUUCAUGAAUCGAGGUGUCUGUCAGUCCACCGCCCGAACAUCCAAACCCCCAGGAGCGGCUCUGAGGUUCAUCCUUGGCCCAGCAGUACUCACCGUCUCUGCACGACUGUUCUGCCAUGUGGCUCACUGUGAGGCAGAUGAGAAUAACAACAUCCCUGUGGAAAUUGUCCCCAAAAACCCUGAGCCUGACUUCAAAUGGCACAUCCUGUGGGAAUUUGUUAAACCUCAACUGCUUGCUCUUGUCAGUGCUGUGGUGCUUGCUUUUGGUGCAGCAAUUUUAAAUAUUCACAUCCCAUUGAUGCUUGGGGAUUUGGUGAAUGUUGUGGCACGUUUCCUGAGAGAACAAACCCGGAGUUAUAUCCAGGAAAUAAAGGGUCCGGCAAUGAAUUUACUUGGGCUUUAUGUCAUUCAAGGUCUGCUGACGAGUGGCUACAUCAUCCUGCUUUCAAGGGUGGGGGAGAGAGUGGCAGCAGACAUGAGGAAGACCCUUUUUGCAUCCUUACUGAGGCAAGAUGUGGCUUUCUUUGAUGCCAAUAAAACUGGACAGCUGGUGAAUCGUUUGACUGCUGAUAUUCAGGAGUUCAAGUCAUCCUUUAAGUUGGUCAUCUCUCAGGGGCUACGUAGUAUUACACAGACAGUUGGAUGUUUUGUCUCCCUCUACAUAAUCUCCCCAAAACUGACAGGUUUGACUGUUGUGGUCCUCCCCUGUCUAGUUGGAGCAGGGGCACUCAUCGGCUCAUUCCUCCGAAAACUAUCCCGUUUGGCUCAAGAACAGGUGGCCAAAGCAACAGGAGUGGCAGAUGAGGCGCUUGGCAAUGUUCGGACAGUGAAAGCUUUUGCGAUGGAGGAGAGGGAGCUCCAGUUAUAUGCAUAUGAGGUUGACAAAUCAUGUGAAAUGAAUGAAAAUCUUGGUGCUGGGAUAGCAGUUUUCCAGGGACUUUCAAACAUGGCAUUGAACUGCAUUGUACUUGGAACUAUUUUUGCUGGAGGGACUUUAAUUUCCAGCAAUGAACUGUCCCCUGGAGACCUCAUGUCUUUUCUGGUUGCUUCCCAGACUGUUCAAAGGUCAUUGGCCAGUAUCUCCAUCCUUUUUGGGCAGAUGGUGAGAGGAAUAAGCUCCGGGGCUCGUGUUUUUGAGUACCUCGCUCUGAAGCCGACCAUCCCGAACUCAGGAGGAGGACGCAUCCCGAACAAUUCUCUGACAGGAAGAGUGGACUUUAUGAAUAUUUCAUUCAGUUAUCCAACGAGACCUGGACAUCAGAUCUUGAAUAAAUUCAACCUAACACUGCCUCCAAGUAAAACUGUUGCCAUUGUUGGAGAAUCUGGAGGAGGAAAGUCUACUGUGGCGUCCUUACUGGAACGUUUCUAUGACCCGACCAAUGGUGUCAUCAUGUUGGAUGGACUGGACAUCCGAACACUUGAUCUGGCCUGGCUGCGGGGACAAGUCAUUGGAUUUAUCAAUCAGGAGCCUGUUUUGUUCGGCUCAUCCAUCAUUGAGAACAUCCGCUUUGGAAUGCCUGAGGCCACAGAUGCUGAGGUCUUUACUGCAGCCAAGCAGGCCAAUGCUCAUGGCUUCAUCACAGCUUUCCCUGAUGGAUAUAACACUGUAGUUGGUGAGCGAGGUGUGACAUUAUCCGGUGGCCAGAAGCAGCGUAUCGCCAUUGCCCGUGCCCUGAUCAAGAAUCCCAGCAUCCUGGUUCUGGAUGAAGCCACCAGCGCCCUGGAUGCUGAAUCAGAGCGGGUGGUGCAGGAAGCUCUGGACAGGGCCACAAGGGGUCGCACUGUGCUCAUCAUCGCCCACCGGCUGAGCACCAUUCAGGGAGCUGACCUCAUCUGUGUAUUGAGCAACGGCCACAUUGUGGAGGCUGGGACUCACCUUGAACUGCUGGGCAAAGGGGGAAUCUAUUCUGAUCUGAUCCGCAGACAAAGAGCGGAGGGACAGAAAUGAACACACCAAAACUGUAUACUUUUAGGUCCACUGGGAAUGCUUUUUAAUUAACUGUAUAGGAUAGACUUGUCUGAACAGAUAAGAAUAUUAAAUGUGUGGUUUAAAUGGAAGGGCUUUAGUUUUAUGCGAUCUGUCAAAAUGAGGUAUGUAAAUGUUUGAUGGACCAAGUACAUCAGCCUGUAAUAAGCAAACUUUACUACUGUACAGUAUUUAACUUGAAUGGGAAUUUAUAUCAUUGUUUACUCCUAACCCAUAAAGGAUGUUAUAUUAAAUUGUGGUAAUAAAGAUGAAUUAAACUGUUGUUAUGUUCAUA